AUGAAUACAUACACUUGUGAUAUUUGCCCUAGAAUUCAAUUGCUUCUUGAAAAGAACAAAAAACAUGCAGAAGAUUGGACACCCACAUGGCAUGGUGAUGAUGAUUUGUCCAUCUUUAGUGUCACCAAUGGCAUAGAGACAUACUCAGUAGAUCUGAAACAACAGACAUAUGCUUGCAGAAAAUGGGAUUUGACUGGUAUUCCAUGUAGUCAUGCCAUAUCAUGUAUAUGGCAAAACAAGAAAAAACCUGAAGAUUGUGUCUUUGAGUAUUACAGGAAGUCUUUUUUCAAUAACAGUUAUUCACAUAUAAUCUACUCUACAAAUGGGGCCCAACUAUGGCCUUUGUUAGAGGGUCAGGUACCCAUCGAACCACCAGUGCUCAGAAGGGCCAUUGGUCGACCCAAGAAGCUGAGGAACAAAGUGAAUGAUGAACCAAGAAAUCCACAUGUACUUCCUAGGAAGCUUACAACUCUGAGCUAUCAUAAAUGUGGUGCCAUGGGACACAACAAAAGGAGUUGCAAAGGAAAAAGGGCUGCUGAGAAAGUCAUUCUCAAAGGUGGUAACAAAAAGAAGGGCAAUGCAUCAAAGGAUAGAAAGAGACAGAAACUUUAA